CCUCCUCCUCCUCUUCCAACACCAUCUCUCUGCUGGCGGACCGUCAGACCCUCAGCAUCUACUGUGACGGUGGCAGUGGUCAGGGAGACGCAGAGCCAGGCGAGGGGAUACCUAUUGAGCAAGGGGGGAAUCGUGCACUAAACCAUUUUCUUGGAAGAGCCCGUGUCUUUGAUGGGAAGAGGAUGCAUUGUGAGCCACUGGAGGAGCCUGAUAUGGAUUCCACAGAGAGUUGGAUUGAAAGAUGUCUCAAUGAAAGUGAGAGUAAACGCUAUUCCAGUCCCACGUCCCUGGGGAACAUGUCCACAGAUGAACAUGAAGAAAAAGAAAAUAACAGAGCUUCAAAACCCCAUUCGACACCGGCUACACUGCAGUGGCUGGAGGAGAACUAUGAGAUAGCUGAAGGAGUGUGUAUUCCCCGGAGCGCUCUGUAUAUGCACUACCUCGACUUCUCGGAGAAGCAGGACACACAGCCGGUCAACGCCGCAAGCUUUGGAAAGAUUAUAAGACAACAGUUUCCUCAACUGACUACCAGAAGACUGGGAACACGAGGCCAGUCAAAGUAUCAUUAUUACGGUAUUGCGGUGAAGGAAAGCUCCCAGUACUAUGACGUGAUGUACUCUAAGAAGGGUGCAGCGUGGGUGAACGAAACAGGGAAGAAAGAGGUCACCAAGCAGACGGUGGCCUACUCCCCCCGCUCCAAGCUGGGGACCCUCCUUCCAGACUUUCCAAAUGUCAAAGACUUAAAUUUGCCAACUAGCCUGCCAGAGGACAAGGUGUCCACCUUCAUCAUGAUGUACAGAACGCAUUGCCAGAGGAUACUGGACACCGUCAUCCGCGCCAAUUUUGACGAGGUCCAGAGCUUCCUGCUGCACUUCUGGCAGGGCAUGCCCCCCCACAUGCUGCCCGUCCUGGGGUCCGCCACCGUAGUCAACAUCGUGGGGGUCUGCGACUCCAUCCUCUACAAGGCCAUCUCUGGGGUCCUCAUGCCCACCGUCCUCCAGGCCCUGCCCGACAGUUUGACUCAGGUCAUUAGAAAAUUUGCCAAACAGUUGGACGAGUGGCUGAAAGUAGCACUUCACAACCUCCCAGAGAACCUGAGGAACAUCAAGUUUGACCUAUCUAGAAGAUUCUCACAGAUUCUCAAGCGACAAACAUCAUUAAAUCAUCUCUGUCAGGCAUCGCGGACGGUGAUCCACAGCGCUGACAUCACCUUCCAGAUGCUGGAGGACUGGAGGAACGUGGACCUUAACAGCAUCACCAAGCAAACACUUUAUACCAUGGAGGACUCCAAAGAGGACCAGAGGCGGCUCAUUAUUCACUUGUAUCAGGAGUUUGACCGUCUGCUGGAGGAGCAGACUCCCAUUGAGGCGUACAUCGAGUGGCUGGACUCCAUGGUGGACCGCUGCGUCGUACAGGUGGCAGGCAAGAGGCCAGGGUGCCUGAAGAAGGUGGCCCAGCAGUUCCUGCUGAUGUGGUCGUGCUUUGGGACCAGAGUCAUCCGGGACAUGACCCUUCACAGUGCACCCAGUUUUGGGUCCUUCCACCUGAUCCAUCUCAUGUUCGAUGACUACGUGCUCUACCUCCUGGAGUCCCUGCACUGUCAGGAGAGAGCCAGUGAGCUGGUCAGGGCUAUGAAGGCUGAGGGCAGUACAGCAGACGUGGAGGAAGUCAUGAUCACAGAGACCACGCCCCCUCCCAUAUCCCCCGUGCCCUACUCACCCACCCGCUCUGUCCCCUCGGAGGACGCCCCCCCUACCUGCUCCCCGACAGAACCCCCGUCCCCCGAGUACACCACUGUCCCGGCAACCACAGCAGGCGCUGUUCAGUCAUAUACCUGGUCCCUUACAUACACAGUGACAACGUCAGGCGGCUCCCCCCCCCACGGCGACUCACAGCCUCCCUGCGUGCGCAGCGGAGCCCCGGUGCCCCCCACCACCUCCACCACCCAGCGGACCCCCCCCAUCUACACACACAGAGAGGAGCACGGGUACACUGGAAGCUACAAUUACGGAAGCUACGCCAAUCAACAUCCUCACUCCAUCCAGAGUCAAUACCCUAGUCUAACCCACGAGCCAGGCAUCCCAGCCCCGCUGCACUACUCUCCCUACACACGCUCACCUGCACAGUACCCUCUCAACAGCCCCAUGUCUCGGAUGGAGUCCUGCCUGAUGAGCAGCUCUCCCCGGCUGCACCCGGCGCCCGGUGCCCCCCGCUGGCCGGAGGUCUCCCCGGCCAACAGCUGCUACAGCAGCCCUCCUAUGCACUCUGCGCGCUACGCCUCGCCCGGCGACAUCUACACCCCGCUGGGCCCGCGGAGGAACUCCGAGUACGAACACUCCCAGCAUUUCCCUGGAUUUGCUUACAUCAACGGAGAGGCCACCACCGGAUGGGCCAAGUAGCCAACCAGCACACAGGAACUAUUCCGGACAGCCAAUCAUACGCUGACAAGUAUGAACGCAGCCCUCCCCGAUUCUCCCUGAAGGCACCCAAUCAAUUGAAUGAUGGAGCGGAGGAACUGGCCUCCCUUUCGCUGACGUAUCACAUCAAUCAACCAAAUGACUGUGAUGUAGUUUAUAUUGUAGUUUGUACGAAGAAAAAAAUAUUAUAUAUAGUUUAAAACAUAUAUAUCGUGAGAACUGGCACCGGAAUCAUUCAAGUGCAAUGCUUCUGCCAAGCUGUGCCUUUAUGUUCUGUUAGGAAUGUACAGCUCUGAUGGUGUUUCCUGGUACCUGUCUGCACUUCACCACGCCCACACGCAUUUAUCCUCUUCUCUGUCCUCUCCUCCCUGGUGUCUGUGCUAGCACCCUCAUGGGUCCCAGGUUGUUAACAUGAUGCUGGUCUCACAGACACAUGUUGCAGAAGAGAUAGCGUUAAGCAACUGAAAACAUCAGACUGCAGUUGAUCCUACUGGCAGACAACCACUCUCUCUCUGUAUGUAUGUAUAUAUAUAUAUAUAUAUAUAUAUAUAUAUAUAUAUAUAUAUAUAUAUAUAUAAACAUUUAUAUCCAAGCAGAAUGUGUGCUUUAACCUCAUGAAGGAUGAUGAUCACAGUGGCCUUUUGCCUUCCCUUAGGUAUUUUUUUAAUAUAAUAUAUAACUGGAGGCUGUGACUGUGGUGUAGCCUGCCUCGUGGCUUCAGUGACAUCACUUGUUCUGUACAGUACUUCAGUAACUUUGUAACAUGGCGUACCCUUAAUGUUACCCGUUGCCUUUUGUUUCAACGUUCAGUAUGUUCAAUAAAUGAACCCGUUAACUUA